AUGGCUACCUAUGGAAAAGUGUAUCUUGUCUCGGGCAACAAAGGGAAGUUGGUUGAGGUGCAGUCCUACCUUGCUCAAGCGAAUAUCGUCGUAGAGGCGGUGAAGUUCGACCUGCCGGAGACGCAGAACUCGUCGGCGGAGAAGAUUAGCUGGGAUAAGGCGGUGGAGGCAUACCGCGUCGUAAACAAGAUGCCGGUGGGCGAGCCGCUGCGCCACGGCGGCACACCAGUGCUUGUAGACGACACCUCGCUCGAAUUCGACGCUCUAUGUGGGUUGCCCGGUCCCUACAUCAAAUGGUUCCUUGAUCGGUUGGGAGUGGAAGGCCUCUUGAAGACGGUCAAGGGCUUCGCAGCACCCGGUGAGGAGAACUCGGUUGCAGCGGCACCCGCCCACCGUGGCGCCAACGCCGUGUGCAUCAUCUCCCUCUGUCACGGUAUUGAGGAGGCCACCGGCAAACCACUCGUGGAGCAGUUCCGCGGCGUGUGCCGCGGUGCGCUGCCUCCCGUCCCUCGAGGCGGUGUGGGUUUUGGCUGGGACUCGAUCUUUGCGCCCGAGGCACAGACACCGGCGUACGCAAAGACCUUUGCGGAGAUGUCCGUUGAGGAGAAGAACACACUGUCUCACCGCGCAAAGGCGCUCGAGAUGCUCACAGAAUACCUCAAGAUCCACGCGCCGGGGAUCCGAGGGACGGAGCUGGUAGCAUGA